UAGAUAGAAAAAUGCAAAAUCAAACAUACAGUGAUUCAUUAUCUGAUACAGAAAACUCUACAACAAAUGAUGAAGAUGAUGCAUCAGAUGACGAUGAAAUUGAUAAUAAACAAAGUUCCACUUUGAAACCAGCAGAUUUAAAGCCUCAAGAGGUAUUCGUGGCACCAAAAGAUUCCCCAACAAAAAAAAAAGUUUUGAGUAAAAGUGCAAUGCUUACUGGACGAGGUGUAACUACACAAAUGUUAAUUGAAGAAAAUAUUCUUGAGGCUGGGGAAAACAAUUUAACCAUUAAUUAUUUGGGAAAUAAGUUUGUAGGAGACUUAAAAGAAGAUGGUACAAUUAAUUGCAAAAAUGCAAAUCGAAUAUUUAGUUCUCCUUCUGCUUGGGCCAUGCACUGCAAAAAGCAGGUCAACCCUGAUAAAAAGUCUGGAUGUGGCUGGGCUUCGGUAAAAUAUAAAGGAAGAAAACUUGAUGAAUUCAAGUCCACAUGGUUUCGCAAGCAAAAGAUUGAGCAAGCUGUAGCUGCUUCAACUAUUGAUGCUGGUAAUUCUACUCCAUAUGCACACCAGCGAGCAGAAAUUGAUGAAUUUUUAGCUGAUCCCACACCAUCUGAAAAAAAUAAACUAAAGAAGUAUUCUGCUUCAUCCCUUGAUGAUCCAAUAAAGUCUAGUUAUGUUCCACCAACUACAAAUUAUUUGACUUUUAGCGAGGCUUUAAAAGUUGUUCACGCUGGUCAAGCUAACUCCUUGAAAGUUGCUAAUGCUGGCCUAGUCAAAGUCUCUAAAUUUCCUGACAAACCAACUUACCAAAUAAAAUCUAACAAUAUACCCUCUAUACAGUUAACUGGUCAGAAAGGUAUUCGUAAGCGAUUAGCAAGAACUAAAGUAUCAGUAAAACAUUCUUCUCUUACCUCAAUCAGCGAUACAACAACACUUGUUGAGUGUGCCCAAUUUCAAAGCAUUGGUAAGAUUCAGCCAUUUUCUGUUUCAAUUUGUACAAGUGCACUUCUUUUGAUGGAUUUUCAUUGCCAUUUGUCGCUUAGUGAAGUCAGUGGAUAUAUUGCUGGCGAGUGGAAUAUUUCACGACAACACGUUCGUGUUACUGAUAUUUAUCCUUGUUACUAUUCGUCAUUAUCGAAUUCAGAUGAAAUUGAAAAAGUAGAGUCAAAGAUUCGAGAUACAAUAAAGUUAAAAGGAUUAGUUUUAUUAGGAUGGUAUCACAGUCAUCCUUUUUUCCAACCUGAUCCUUCUAUUUGUGAUAUCAAUAGUCAACUGGAAUACCAGAAAAUUCUAAAAGAUGGCCAUUAUGAACCUUGCUUUGGUAUCAUUAUUUCUCCGUUUGAAUCAUACAAAAAAGAAUCUCAAUUUAAUGCUUUUUGGGUUCGUGAGCCCUCUGAAAAUAGUUCAAAUCAAUAUGGGUUACCACUCUCUGUGUGUUUUACAACACAUCAAGAUAAAACACUUACCCAAAAUAUCAUUAAUGAAAUGGUUGCUUUAGUUAACUAUUAUCAGAAUUCGGACGAGUCAGUAAAGCUGACUGAAAUUUGGUCGGCUGACGUAACAUACUUAGAAAAGCUAAAGCACUCUAUUAUACGUAAAUUUCCUCAAGAUCAAACAGAUGGGCGAUUUUUAGAUUUUGUUCAUAAAAUGACCGUUGCAGCGUUUAGUUAGUAUUAUUAAUAUUGCAAUCUGCUGACUUUAUUUAUAACAUCUUCAUAUCGACGCAGCCAUUUAUGUUAUGUUACGUAUGUAAAAAUAUAUGAUUGUAUGUAUUUGUUGUAUACUAUACUCAAGAAAUUAAUGUUAAUACUCA